CCCUUCUUCCUCCUGCCCGCAAACCUCGCCUACCGCUCCCCCCUCACCCGGUUUCUCCCCAAGCCACCGGGUACCUUCCCCUUCAUCCUCCUCUCGUGUCCGAAACCCUUGCGGUACAGUCACGGCAACAGCUAUCUGGGAAGCAAACGACGGGGUCACGGUGUACAAAGAUCUCUGAAAUUCCCGUAGAAUUCCCUUUCCCUCGUCUAUCUCUUCCUUCCUCCCACUGUAUGUUCUUUGCCUAUCCUGCCCUGUUCGAAUCUUCUUAUCUCUCGUUUACUCUCUUAUAACUUCGCGAGUCCUACGCCGAGUCCCGACGGCAUUGCGUUCCGUGGAGGAACCGAGCAGGAUAACUUGUUGAAGAAGGAUGGCUUUGUUAAAUGCAACUUACCCUGGACCUGCUUUGAUAAGAACAGUUGGGAAAUCAGAAAUUUGCUAUAAUCAGAGGCUAAAGUUUACAAGGUCUAGGAUAGCAGUGCCCUGUGUCGAGUCUCAAUGUUUUUACCACAAACAAAGCCUUUCUUAUGCUAGACGGCUUCGACUUGGUACACUGAUUUGUGCUUCUGCUUUGAACGCGAAAUGUGCGGCAGAGCAAACACAGACCGUUCAACGUCAAUCUACCACGAUCACUAAUGCUCCCUUACAAAAUAAGGAGAAGUCACCAGAGCUUGAUGAUGGUGGCACCGGCUUCCCUCCGCGGGAUGAUGAUGGCGGCGGCGGCGGUGGAGGCGGCGGAGGACCUAAUUGGUCUGGUGGUUUCUUCUUCUUUGGCCUGCUUGCAUUUCUAGGCUUUUUGAAGGACCAAGAAAAUGAAGGACCAUACAGGGAUAACAACAGAAGAUAAAAGAGAGAGAUAUAGUUUUCACUUUUCUAUCAAUACCAUAUAUAUGUAUUGUUUUUGUUCUGUUAUUUUCUGCAGGGAUAUGAAUUUUAAUCAUAAAAUAUUUUUCAUUGAAUCUGAAUGAUUUACUUCCGAGUCAUGAUUGAUUCUCCUGUAAUGGACCAAUGAGCACUAAAUAUGAACCUUGCUUAUUUUAGU